AUUCGGCGAGGCUGCUAAAAUCAUAUCAAACUGAUGACGUGUCCACGGAGUCCUUCUGACUUCCGGGUCUACGUUAACGGUGUGCAGUAGAGACCACAGUCACCAAGAAAAUGUCUAAAGUCACGUUUAAAAUCACUCUGACGUCGGAUCCCCGGCUACCCUACAAAGUACUCAGUGUCCCAGAGAGCACGCCGUUUACAGCCGUGUUGAAGUUUGCAGCAGAGGAGACGGUAUCGGCAUCAACCCAGCUCAGACAGCAGGGAACGUGUUCCUGAAGCACGGUUCAGAGCUGCGCAUCAUUCCCAGAGACAGAGUGGGAGGAAGGGGAGUAGGAACAGACCCAUCUUCCUCAUCCUCCUCCUUGAAGACCCAAUGACUCAGACACACACCGGCUGAAUCAUGUUUCACUUCUGACCUGCGGAACACUCAGUGUGUGUGUGUGUGUGUGAGUGUCAGUGUGUUUGUGUAUAUAUUUUCUAGACCUGAAAUUACUACACACACACACACACACACACACACCUACACAAAGACACACUGCAGCAGCAAGCUUAAUUUUGUCUAUACUGUCUGCACUAUCCAAAUGCAGAGUCACCCCAGGCUGCCCAUAGAUAUCCUCACACUGAAGUAAUUGAUUACACACAGACACACACACACACACGCACUCUGGCGGCUUCAAGAGAAGUACUCGGCGGAAGCUUAGCAGACAAUGUGCUUUGAGUUUGUGAACAGUUGAGGUUUUGUGUACCUAUUUUAGUUGUAAUGGUAAAUGGCUAAUAUAUCUGCCUCCUUUUUUGUCCAACAUCUGCAGGCAUAUUUAGGUAUGUAUGUGCUUGCUUYUUGAAGAGGACUGCAUUAAUGUGGGUUUGCACUACACAUUCAAAUUAUUUAGCUUAUUCAGCAUGCCUUCAGAGAGCAAUGUUUAAUAAAUUAUGCUUGUUCAAAGAAGCUGUCUGUGUUUUACAUCUGAGGUUGUCUUGUCUAGCAUCCUUUUCUAGAGACAAAUACUGUCCAAGCAAGGAUCCAUAACUUACAAUGCAGAUCUUUCUGGAAUAUAUAUUAAUGUAGGUAGCUUUAAUAUAUUACAUUUCCCAUUCUAGCMGAGAUCAUUUUGUAAUGCCAUUAUUUCGAGUCUGGUUUGGGGCGUUAAGGAAAACCCAUUGAUGGUUUUUCAAUAUUCGCUGGACUUGGGAUUUUCUGUCUGUACCCUCAGAAUUGACUUGCCAGGUUAAAUAAAGGUUCAAUAUAAAAUAUA